AUGCUGAGUGUAGGAUUCCAGAGGGGAGUCUCUGUGGAGAUGUCCAACAGCUGGCUGGAGCUUGGCUUAGCCAUCCUGGACAGGAGGCCGGAGUUGUGCCAGAUCCUGCCCAAGGGGGUCGUGGCUGUCCUGGGACCAUCCUCCAGCCCCGCCUCCAGCUCAAUCAUCAGCAACAUCUGUGGGGAGAAGGAGGUCCCCCAUUUCAAAGUGGCCCCAGAAGAGUUUGUUAAGUUCCAGUUCCAGAGAUUCACAACCCUCAACCUCCACCCCAGCAACACGGACAUCAGCGUGGCUGUCGCCGGGAUCCUGAACUUCUUCAACUGCACCACCGCCUGCCUCAUCUGUGCCAAAGCAGAAUGCCUUUUAAACCUGGAGAAGCUGCUCCGGCAAUUCCUUAUCUCCAAGGAUACCCUCUCAGUCCGGAUGCUGGAUGACACCCGGGACCCCACCCCACUCCUCAAGGAGAUCCGGGACGACAAGACAGCCACCAUCAUCAUCCACGCCAACGCCUCCAUGUCCCACACCAUCCUCCUCAAGGCAGCUGAACUAGGGAUGGUGUCAGCCUAUUACACAUACAUCUUCACUAAUCUGGAGUUCUCCCUCCAGAGAAUGGACAGCCUUGUGGAUGAUCGUGUCAACAUCCUGGGAUUUUCCAUUUUCAACCAGUCCCAUGCUUUCUUCCAAGAGUUUUCCCAGAGCCUCAACCAGUCAUGGCAGGAGAACUGUGACCAUGUGCCCUUCACUGGGCCUGCGCUCUCCUCCGCUCUCCUCUUUGACGCCGUCUACGCUGUGGUGACUGCUGUGCAGGAGUUGAACCGGAGCCAGGAGAUCGGCGUGAAGCCCCUGUCCUGCGGUUCGGCGCAGAUCUGGCAGCACGGCACCAGCCUCAUGAACUACCUGCGAAUGGUAGAAUUGGAAGGUCUCACCGGCCACAUUGAAUUCAACAGCAAAGGCCAGCGGGCCAACUAUGCCUUGAAAAUCUUGCAGUUCACGAAGAAGGGUUUCCGGCAGAUCGGCCAGUGGCAUGUGGCGGAGGGCCUCAGCAUGGACAGCCGCCUCUACGCCUCCAACAUCUCAGACAGUCUCUUCAACACCACCCUGGUCGUCACCACCAUCCUGGAAAACCCGUAUUUAAUGCUGAAGGGGAACCACCAGGAGAUGGAAGGCAACGACCGCUACGAGGGCUUCUGUGUGGACAUGCUCCAGGAGCUGGCAGAGAUCCUCCGAUUCAACUACAAGAUCCGCCUGGUCGGGGAUGGCGUGUACGGCGUUCCCGAGGCCAACGGCACCUGGACGGGCAUGGUCGGAGAGCUGAUCGCUAGGAAGGCAGACCUGGCCGUGGCCGGCCUCACCAUCACAGCUGAGCGGGAGAAGGUGAUUGAUUUCUCGAAGCCAUUCAUGACUCUGGGAAUUAGCAUUCUUUACCGCGUUCAUAUGGGACGCAAGCCCGGCUAUUUCUCCUUCCUGGACCCCUUUUCUCCAGGCGUCUGGCUCUUCAUGCUUCUAGCCUAUCUGGCUGUCAGCUGUGUCCUCUUCCUAGUGGCUAGGUUGACCCCCUAUGAGUGGUACAGCCCGCACCCAUGUGCCCAGGGCCGGUGCAAGCUUCUGGUGAACCAGUACUCCCUCGGCAACAGCCUCUGGUUUCCAGUUGGGGGCUUUAUGCAGCAGGGCUCCACCAUCGCCCCCCGAGCCUUGUCUACGCGCUGUGUCAGUGGCGUCUGGUGGGCAUUCACACUCAUCAUCAUCUCCUCCUACACGGCCAACCUGGCGGCUUUCCUGACCGUGCAGCGCAUGGACGUGCCCAUCGAGUCCGUAGACGACCUGGCUGACCAGACUGCCAUUGAGUACGGCACCAUCCACGGAGGCUCCAGCAUGACUUUCUUCCAAAAUUCCCGCUACCAGACCUACCAGCGCAUGUGGAAUUACAUGUAUUCCAAGCAGCCGAGUGUGUUUGUGAAGAGCACAGAGGAGGGGAUCGCCAGGGUGUUGAACUCCAACUAUGCCUUCCUCCUGGAGUCCACCAUGAAUGAGUACUAUCGGCAGCGAAACUGCAACCUCACUCAGAUUGGGGGCCUGCUGGACACCAAGGGCUAUGGGAUUGGCAUGCCAGUCGGCUCGGUUUUCCGGGACGAGUUUGACCUGGCCAUUCUCCAGCUGCAGGAGAACAACCGCCUGGAGAUCCUGAAGCGCAAAUGGUGGGAAGGGGGGAAGUGCCCCAAAGAGGAAGAUCACAGAGCCAAAGGCCUGGGAAUGGAGAAUAUCGGCGGAAUCUUUGUGGUUCUUAUUUGUGGCUUAAUCGUGGCUAUUUUCAUGGCUAUGUUGGAGUUCUUGUGGACUCUCCGACACUCAGAAGCAACUGAGGUGUCUGUCUGCCAAGAGAUGGUGAGUGAGCUGCGCAGUAUCAUCCUGUGUCAGGACAGUACCCACCCCCGCCGACGGCGCUCGGGGGUGCCGCAGCCCCGACCCCCCAUCACCGAGGAGCGCAGGCCCAGGGGCACAGCCACGCUCAGCAACGGCAAGCUGUGCGGGGCCGGGGAGCCGGACCCCAUCGCCCAGAGACUGGCCCAGGAGGCGGCCCUGGUGGCCCGCGGCUGCACACACAUCCGAGUCUGCCCGGAGUGCCGGCGGUUCCAGGGCCUGCGCGCGCGCCCCUCGCCUUCGCGCAGCGAGGAGAGCCUGGACUGGGAGAAGACCACCAAUAGCAGCGAGCCGGAGUAGCCCCUCCCGCGGCAGUCUGGAGGCAGAAGAGGCCGGGCAGGCACCCGCUGUCCACCUGGAGCCCGGCCUUGUACAGUGUCAUGACUUCUCUCGGGAUUUGGGAUACGGUAACUUUGCAAAAGAAUCAAAGGGCCGAUGCCCCGGCCUGAGACAGAGCCCAGGUCCAGAAGGGGGUCCACCAGAGACGUUGCAAGCACGUGGCCACCGGGACACUUGCUCCCAGGGCACAGGGAGCCCCACUUCUCUCGCUGGGCCUUUUCCCUCCCACCAAAAUAACAUCGGGUCUGGGGUAGGGUCGCUGCCCGACUAGCCCUGUCCAAUCAUGGGUGGGAGCUUCAGUGGAGUGUCCCCCGAGGAUGGGGCCAUUGUACCCCAACUCUAGUUCUUACAGGAAAAAAAAAAUUAAACUCAACAGGGAAGGUUGGCUUUUUUUCUU